AUGGCUAGCAAAGACUUGGACACAGGUGUUGUUGAUUCGUCUAAGGAGAUUGUUGAAUCAGAAUCUGAACUUAAACAGGAGGUCCAAAGGUUGAAACAUCAAAUGGCGGAAUGGUUAGGAAGCCAGGUGAGUGUGGCUUAUAAGGAUUUGUGUUUGUUCCCUGAUGUCCAACGGUUUGCUGUGUUCAAGAUGCCCAAGUUUGACUUGUAUGACGGACAUGGAGAUUUUAUAGCUUAUCUGAGAGGUUAUUGUAGUAAGAUGAGAGGUGUUGGUGGUAAGGACGAAUUAUUAAUGGCAUAUGCCAGAUACAACAAAGACAUUAUCCCGGAUCGCCUAUCCCUCACCAAAAUGGAAAAGAGGCCUAAUGAAAGCUUUAGGGAAUACGGGCUCAGAUGGAGAGAGCAACCUGCCCGAGUCAAUCCCUCGAUUGAAGAAGCCGAGAUGGUUGAGUACUUUCUUCAGGCUCAAGAGCCUACUUACUUUGGGCAUUUGAUAUCCGGUUUGGGUAAGCCUUUUAAUGAUGUGGUAAAAAUGGGAGAAAUGGUAGAAUAUGGGCUAAAGUCAAGCAAGAUCAUGAGUUAUUCUGCCUUAAAAUCCACAACACAGAUGCAUGGUGACAGAGAGUAUGAGAAUCCUCAUGGGAACUUGUUGACUGAAGUUAAUGAUAUUGGAAUUGGCAAAGGUCCCAGUAAUUUUGAUGUGCAACCCAGUGGCUAA